AGUCAGUUUAACGCAUACGCUCGCAGGGCUAACAUGUAGUCCUGCGCCUACAACGCAUCGUACAGGAUCAACAGUUUUCUUUUAAGUUUUGUUUCUUUUCGCUGUGCAGUUUUAUAUCAAAUUAUUUAUUAUUUUGUGGUAUAAGUAGUGCAUAUUAUUUGUGAAGAAGAAGAAGUGUGUAAUACAAGUCGGAAAGCAAGUUCUUUUUUAUCCAUUUGUUUUUAAAGACGGCACAAUUUUUAAAUUCAUACAUUAUAUAAUAAAAAAGCUGUCGUCGCGUACAUUUUUGGGUUGAUAUUAUUUUUGGGUGCUUCCUUUUUGGGUACGCUCAACCAUAUAACUUCCUCAUGGCCGCUCAACAAAACUCCACGCUCAUCUACGACAAUUUGGAUGAGUGUCCUACAUUGCUAAAAGAACCCGAAGAGCUGAGCAGUUAUAGCCCUAUCUUGCCUUUGAAAAAUCAAAAUAAUGCUUUUAAACAACAGUUGCCAAAAGCUGAUAACAACAACAAUAAUAAUGACAAUAAAAAUUCAAAUGUUAAAGAAUUUCAUAAAUAUCGGAAAUACACGAAAAGUCGUCAUCAUGGAAAUUAUGCAGCGAGCAGCUGCAGCACGAAGAGCAGCCGAAGUCGUACGAUAUCGCUAAGUGGCGUCAAUAGUACGGAGGAGCAAGGCCACAAAGAGAUACCCAUUUGGCUGGGCGAGGAACCACGUUACGUGUCCGGCGUAAAUAAGCGCACCUCCUGCAAUGACAUUAUUAAAGCUUUGAUUGAUGAUGAAAUCCGUAAUGGCGGCAAUCACGAUUAUUUUGCCAAUCGUAACAAAUCUGGCGCAGCAUCGCGUGACUACAACGAUUAUGUUAUAACGGAAAGUUGGCGCGGUAUCGAGCGCAGCUAUGAUGGCAAUAUGGCAAUUUUACCCGUUUGGAAGGCCUGGAGUCGUGUGCACAAUGAGAUCCGUCUAAGCAUCAAACACCACAAGGAUGUCGCAGAACCAGCGCCCCCAAAACAAAACAGUAACUGGUUCCACACCCUACGUAAAUAUUUUGCCAAACUAUUGAAAUUCCCGAAACGAAAUAAUAAAAUGCUGCCACCUUCUAUAAACAAGCAACAAAACAUACUAUUACCCAUCAAAGAAGAAGAAAGCCCAGAUGAGAUCAUCUUCGUUCUAUUACCCGAUAAGAAAUAUGACAAUUCAUCAGCGUCACCCAAAACCAACAUGCCCUUAAAACACGCCCACAAUAGUACCAACGAUCCCGUUACCAAAGCAGAGAUGCUUAAAAGAAAACUUUACAGUCUCUCCGAGACGCGUGUACCCAUGCGCCGCAAACAACGCGGUAGCAAAACGCCAAAGCGCAAAAAACAACAACCGCGCGAAAAAUUGCCAAAUCAAAUACACGAAGUGACAAAUAACUGUAUACGCCGACGCAAAGAUGCGCCUUUAAGGCAUUCCAUACGACACAAGUUGGCGCAGAAGACCAACGAAAUCGAUACGCUCUACAAACGUGAAUACGAACUGACACAACGUUUAACACAUAAAUGUCAACUUCACAAGCUGCACAAUGAGUUAUAUGCCAAGGCGGAUCAACGGCUGGAAAUCUCUAUUGGCCAAAUACAACGAAAUGUCGAACAAUAUGCCGAACAAAUCAUACAAACCGAACAGGAAUUACGCGAGUUAAAGCAGGAAAUCAAGCAGGACAUAUCGAUUGUGAAUAACCUUAAGCGUAUGGCUUUAGAUACUGCGGAGAACGCAAACGAUUGUGGUAUACCGCUCAUACCUAAUUUGUUGGUGGAAGAAAUACGACAUGAAGCGCAACCGCCGAAGAGAGCUGCCGAUGCGGAAAUGCAAUUUGUUGAUAAUAUUUAUGAGUUCUGUGACAAUAACGCUAGCAUGUUGGUGUAAUUUGAAUAUUUCCAGUUUGCGAGUUUACUUGCGUUCACAUUGUAAGGUUAUUGAGUAUGUUUGAUAGAUGUCAUGUCAACCAAACAGAAAAGAAAUUAAGGCUCGUUCACAACAAAUGUUCCUUACCAACACAUUUGUAUCUUAACAGUACACCUUCUAUGCAAUAUAACCACACUUAAAUUUGUUUACUAUUUUGACAGUUAACAAUCGUCCACUCUGCAGAGAUGUCAAAUUGAACUUAAAGCUUCUUAAGCACUCUUUUAAAAAAAGUAUUUGAUUUGUUAUAAAAUUUUAUUAUUAAGCAUAAUUUAACAUAAGCUUAAUUUUUUCACGAACUGCCAAUUUUUUUUAUAAAUAUACGGUAACACCGAAUGUGUCUUAAAUAUAAAAUAAAAGUAUAAUUUGUCGAUUGUUUCAUAAAUCGCAUUUCUCUACUCAUAUUCUAACAUAAAAAGUCGCAUAUUUUUAAUAAUCAUAAUUUAUUCAAAAUAAUUUACACUAUAUUUACAAUAAAAAGUACUACUAACCUUCCGACAAUAUUAAUAUUAAGGCAAAAUAUUAUGGAAUGAACUCACUACUUGUUACUAAAUAUAUAAUAGAAAACUAGUAUUAAGUUUUGUGAACUGAUUUUAAAUAAGAAAUAAAAAUGGAUGAAUAAUGUAUA